AUGCUGAACUUCGAGGAAAGAACGGUACUAAAUCAAAAAUGAUUAAAAGUCUUCUUUUAAACAAAUAUAUUUUUAGUACACACUCAACCGAUUUGCCGAAGAUGAAGAUAUUGCUGAAAAAGACUUUGAAUCAUUGAAAAAUCGUCUGAACUCGAAAAAAUCAGAAAUCAACAAAGUAUUCAGGGAAAAUGAGGAAAAAUGGCGAGCGCAUACGAAACGGAUGCAUCCUUUUCGAAAAAUUGCGAGAAUGUUUAAUAAUUCGAAUUUUCAAAGUAGUCAAGCGUUUUCCAAGUUUUUCGAAAUUCUUUGCAAAUUUCAAGAAGUUUUGCCAACUAGUUCAAAAACAUUGAGGUAAAUUUUAGAAAAAAAAAAUAGUAUGACAAAGUUUAAGUUUCAAUUUCAGAAGUUUUCAUCUUUGCGAAGGCCCGGGACAUUUCAUUGCUGCUUUGGAUUUAUAUUUGAAAUCAUUUAUUCCAAAUUUAACAAAUCAUUGGGAAUGGAAAGCAAAUACGUUGUGCCCGUAUUUCGAAAAUACUCCUUCAUCUUCAAAACUUCUCGACGACACUUUCAUCUUCAACCACAAUUCACAAUGGAUAAGAGGACCAAAAAAUGAUGGAGAUAUUUUCCAAUUAUCUCCCGAAUUUUUAAAACAAUCAAAUCUUUUGGCCAAAUUCGAUUUAGUCACCGCUGAUGGAAGUUUUUAUGUUCAAAAUAAUCCGGGAGAACAAGAAAAUCUUGUGUUUGAAUUGAUAGAACAAGAAAUCAAUGUUGGCCUGGAUUUAUUGAAACUUGGAGGAACAUUUGUCUUGAAAGUGUUCACAAUUUUUGAAGCGAAGACACGAGAACUUAUAAAGCGGACUUCAACUUUGUUCGAAGAAGUUAUUUGUUAUAAACCACUGUGUAGCAAGCCAGGAAAUUCGGAAAAAUAUUUGAUAUUUUUGAAGUUUUUGGGAAGCGAUAGAUUUUCGGAAGUUUCAGAGUCGGAAUUUAUGAAAGCUGAAACAAUAUUCACAAAUCUACAAAUCACAGCGAUCAAUAGAAAUCUAGAGACAUUUGGAAAAGCGCAACCCCAAGAAGAAUUUGAGAAAAAUGAAGAAUUAGUCAAUGAUUUUCUUGAUGAAAUCGAUUUUUACUCUCUGAAAAUUUCGAAAAUCUCAAAAUCCUUGAAGCCAAUGAUUUCAACUCCAUGGAAAACGAUGUUUGGGAAUAAUUUGGUGGAUAGAAUUUCGAAAAUUCGUGAUUUCGAUGAGGAAAUUCAAGAAAAUCUUGGGAAUUUUGAAGAAAUCUCUGCUAUACCUGAACAAAUGGUUUUUGAGUUGGGAGAAUUUGAAACUUCAAAUUAUGAGAUCAAAAAUAUGCAUUCAUUGUUUUUGGAUCCAAUAAUUUUGUAUUGUUUGAACAAUUCGGAAACUUUAGUAAGUCCACUUUUUUUUGAAAUUAAAUCCCAUGUUUUCAAAAUUUUUCCAGAAUUUUGUUGAUAUUUUCCAAAAUUGCUCAAAACCCUCCGAAAACAACCUGCAAAUUCAAAAUUGUUGUGAAAUAUCUGUUGAAAAGUUGAAUUCUCUGGAGACAUUUAUAAAUGUUUUGGAUCAAAUAAAAGAAAAUUUUGAAAACAAGAUAAUAUUCACUUGGAAAAAUGAUUCGAAAAAUAUUCAUUUGAUAGUUUCGAGAUUGUCUGCAUCGAUAUUUGGAUUAUUUUUGAAAUUGUACAAACAUUUUGAAUUUUCGGAGGAUCAAAUUUUAUUUAGUGAUUUGGUGAGUUUCAGGUUUUUCGUGGGAGGCGGGCUGAAAUUUUUCGGAAAAAUCAAAAUUUGAAUUCUCAUGCGACGAAACUUCGUCUGAAAAAAUGAUAUAUUUCCACGCAAUAAUGAGAUACGUCAAACCACCAUAUUGUUUUCUCUGAAAUAUCAUAAAUAAUUUCUUUUCGCUUCUUCUUCGCGUGGUUAAAGAAUCUCAUAAAACAAAAUCGAUGCGCUUUCCAUUUACGAUGCCAUAAACUGUAAUGCCGCAGGAGUUUUUGAUAGCGGGGAUCUAAAAAAUUUACGAUCCUCUACGCUCCUUAGCUAUGCCGUGUCCGUAUUAAAGUCAGCAUCAGAUGGGAGAAAAAUCAUAACUAGCAUGUUCAAAGUUCUCGUAUUGAUCGGAGUUCUGGUGUGUUUGGCGGAUGGAUGUCGAACUAGACCACCAACAACUGUCACAACCACCCAACCUACCACAACGCCACCAACAAUUACUGAAUGUCCUGCUGGCUGGGCUAACCGCACAAGAACAACUGGAAAAUGGUGUGUGAAAGUGUUCUUGAAGACUGUGAAUUAUCAAGAAGCUGUUGCAUUGUGCGCUGAGAAUGGAGCAGUUAUAACAGGCUUGCAAACCACCGCUGACAGGAAUGCGAUUGCUAGAUCUCUUCAAGCUCUUACAUACUUCCCAGUUUCCACUAUUUUCAUUGGCGCAAUAAGAACAUCAGCGUGCGCCAAUUCGAAUCUCACAUCAACUUGCACCGAACUCAACUCGUUCGAAUGGACAGAUGGUGUUACAACUGGUACCACAGGAUUUGUAUGGAAUCCUCUUCAACCUGAUAACAAUGAUGGAAAUGAGAAGUACGUAAUAAUGCUUCGAGAAAGUGCAUCACUUAGCGAUGUCUCCGCAAAAACUGUGGUUGAUGGGGUGGCAUGUGGUGCGAAGCCUGCAGACAUUGUCACACCACCUUCAGACGCUACAACCCAAGCGCCUGUCGGCUGUCGAUCCACCAAAUGCCCAACUGGAUGGAAAACUUAUUCUCGUUCAGUUGGUGAUUGGUGUGUCAAAGUAUUUGUGGAAUCGGUGAACCAGGCCAAAGCUGACGCAAAAUGUCAAUGGCGUGGCGGAAAACUAUCCGGAUUCCAAAAUGCACAAGAACGCAUCGAUGCAGCGAAUGCUCUUUGGGAAGCCACUAAUAACAUCUAUUCUUAUGCAAUUGUUGGAGCAGUACGAACGCCUGCUUGCAUCUCUUCAAAUCUCACUGAAACUUGUACCGAGACAAAUUCUUUCGCAUGGUCUGAUGGUGUGACUACUGGAACUGAUGCUUUCGCUGGUGGAUGGGAAGAUAAUCAACCUGAUAAUGACAAUAACAAUCAGAUUUAUGUGGCCGUUGGAAGUUCGUCUCAAAAAAUGAUGGAUUUACGAUAUUCAGUGAUGAUGGGAUACGUGUGUGGAGCGCAACCUUCAAGUAUCAAACGACCAUGA